AUGUCCGAACAACCCCAGAGUCUUAAUGACGACGCCAUGUUUUGCAACAAAGGCCCAUAUAUUUGUAUACCUACCGAGUCUCAUCUGCGUGCUCCUCAUUCUGUGACCAACAAGACUUCUUAUCAAGCUGCUCCCUCGUGUUCCUCACCUAAUUUCUUGCACAAAAUGUCAAUCAGAAUCUCUGAAUUUGCCCUCAAUCGAGAGACAGUUGCGUUUCUGUCCAGUACCUACCUCGGUGGCACCUCGGAGGAAACAAGAGCGAAGAUGCGGCGCUUUCCACGUCAGCCUCAGCACGCGACACCCGCAACCCCCUCCAGUCCUGCGGAAACGUAG